GUUACUUUGAGUGGUUAGAGUACAAGGUCACUUCGUGGCUGCAUAUCCGUGUACAGUUCAGUUGUUGUAGUUUUGAGCCGUACUAACAACUCUCGGAAACGCUGUUCAUACCUCGUCAAAAAACGUGUUUCACUACUAUACACGAACCCACUGAAAACUAAAUGUUAUAUGAUGUGUGAUUUAAUUUCUACCCAUAACUGCAAGUUUUAUUUCAGUGAUGAUCAGUCUCGCGUUAAGUGGAAGGAGUCCAUAAAAAGUAUCUUAGUUGUUCAUAAAUUUUGUGAUCUCAAUGUUAUUGAGAGUUUGAAAUCGUUCGUUCACUACGUGUUAAAGAAAUGGGAUCUGACUAUCUAUUUGGAGUCGAUUACGUUAGAUGAACUCAAGAAUGAUGACUUAUUCUACCCAAUUAUCCAACAGUACGUAAAUUUGGGCAACGAUGAAUUCAAACAAGCCACUAUUGAACAUGAUGUUUCCGGACUUCGUGAAAAUACAGCAGAAAGUUGCUCUAAAAUUAAUACAAGAAGCUCCGUUAAGAUCUUUGAUCAUACUGUGCGAAACAAAAUUGAUUUAAUUGUUUGUCUUGGUGGUGACGGGACUCUUUUACAAAUUGGAUCAAUGUUCCAGGGAAUUACUCCACCCGUAAUCGCUUUCCGUUUGGGCACACUUGGAUUUUUGACUCCGUUUCCUUUCAAGAUGUUUAGAAACCAAAUGAAGAGUGUUCUUGAAGGUUCAUCUUAUUGUGUAUUACGAACUCGGCUUUGUUGUCAAGUUAUUCGUAGUAGUGUUAUGAAUCAUAAUAGCAAUAAUAAUUUCGACAUCCAAAAUACCUCAACUACCAGUAGUUGUAGUAGUGAGAAUCAACCUCAAGCAUCUAACUAUUCUAACGAUAUUGGUUCACGUUCCAGUACACCAGAUACUGAAUAUCAUUUCCUAAAUGACCUAGUUAUUGAUCGUGGCCUUUCUCCAUUUAUCUGUGAUCUCCUCAUUAAGGUGAACGGUAGAGAAGUAACUACUGUGGAAGGCGAUGGUCUUAUUAUAAGUACACCUACUGGAAGUACAGCUUAUUCAAUGACAGCUGGUGCUAGUAUGGUACAUCCAUGUGUACCUGCUCUAGUAUUAACACCAAUCAAUUCAUUAGCUUUAAGUUCACGUGCUAUUGUUCUUCCUACAUCCAUAAAAUUAGAAAUCUCCAUUGCCAGUAGAGCUCGUUGUUCAACUGUACACUUUUCUUUUGAUGGACGUUCACGACACUCAAAUUUAUUGCAUAAAGGUGAUAUUAUCUUAGUGAGUGCUUCACCGUUCCCUGUUCCAUGCCUUUGUAGUGAAAAUGAGGUAUGAAUUGCUAAUCUAAGGUUGUCUUUUUUGAAAUGUGUUUUUGAUAAACAUUAUAUUGAGUGUUAUGCUAUACAUUCUUAAACAAUAUAGUUGUAUGAAUACACAAGACUACAUAAACCUCAGUUGUAGUCCUCUUUACUCUCAUGAGGUUUGGAACAUUUAAUCCCCUUGAUGAAUUUUGAUAAUGUAAGUAGGAAGACGCAGUUUAUCAAAACGAUGUGAUAUACUAGUGAAAUAGAUUAUAAACAAUUUAAUCACACAUUAAUUUGUUAGAAAAAAUUAAAGUCAAACUGAACAGAUCAGAAAAUUAAUAAAAUAACGAUAACGAUGAAGAACAAUAUGAAUCACACCACUCUAGGUAUUAAAUCAAUGUUACCAUUGUAGAUUCGUUUUCAGUGCAAAUUGUUUUUAAGCACAUAGGGGUAUUGUGUAUGGUGAAGUUUCACAUGACUACAGCUCCAAAGAAAUCGUGACAACUGUCAUACAAAAACCGCAAAGACUGAGUGAAGACCUAUUUUCUAACCUGAUUCAACCAUGCGUUUGUCAAUAAAAACAGAUAAGUAUCCGUUAUAUGCUUUUAGUGGGUCACUAUUUGUCUCUACACCUAUUUUGGUGCAUGUUCAGAUAUCCUAACUUGCCAAUCACAAUCACUCCGUAUAUGUGUAUGUCGUAUAUUUCUGAUAAAGCUCAUUAUCUCAUAACAUUAUCAAAAUUUAUCAUAACAUCCUUUACCAAAUCGCUUUAAAGGGUGAUGGUAUACAGCUGAAUCGUCUGCUUAAAAAAAGCAAAUAACUUUGUUUCAUAUUUAGAGAAAUUUAUCAUUUUUAUUACUACAAUUGUAAUCAUUCUAUGUGUAACCGUCUAUCUGACUUGUUCUGAUUAUGUUUUAAAGUCAACUGAAAUCAAAUUUUAUACAAAUCAAUUUGGUUUUAAAUCCACACGUCUGAUAUUUGUGAACUACAUACACCUAUAUACAUACUAAACGUAUUUGUGUUCCUUUAGUCACGUAUUUUAGUCAAGAACUAUCAAUUACUACUUAUUUAUCUGAACAAACUGAAUGAGUUAAUAGGGUUAAAUUCAUUGUUCGAUUAUUAAAUAGUUUAAUCAGUUUGACUCAUUUAAUGUAUAAAACUUCAUACUAUAAUUACUCUUUAGCUAUAUUUUGACUAUUGUAUACUUAUAGACCAAUGGAUUGUUUUCACCUAGUACACAGAAUUAAUAUACUUAUCUGAACUAGUUGUUUAUUUACCUAAAUAAUAAUGUUCAGUAUUAAUAAAUACUCUAAUUGUUUACAACCAAAAGGAUACUUUAGAUAUUAAAUUUUCACUUGUCCCUAAGUUCAUGUUUGUAUAGAUUUAUUAACAAAUUGAUUAAAUUAGAUAUAUUAUGUAUUACUUUUUUGUUUUCUUACCAUUUAUUUAUUUAUUUAAACACAUAAAUAUUGGUACAAAGGGGCACCAGAUACAUAUUCACCACACGAAUCUCAUUCGAUUUUUGUGAGGGCUGUGAUACUGCCCGGAUGCCCAGACUGUAGCAGGUGGUUUUCUUAGGGGACCACACUCGACCUAAAGAUCUGAUCCAAAAGGUGGUGGAGCAAUGUAAGCAGAUACAUUCCCAUGGUAGCCGGUGACCAACGAUUGAUUCAUACGUCAUUUGUUCCCUCAAAAUACUAGAGCCCAUGUGAACCAUUGGUUUGUAAUCAGGGUUUUCUAACUCCCUUAGGCGAACUUUCCGUGUCCACCAACCCGGUUAAAGCUCCGGACAUUCGCUUUUCACCCUCUGAAUUUAGUAAACAACAAUAAUGCCACGAGUUGGCAGUGAGUAGGACUUCCCUGGCAGAAACUAUGUACGCGUGGCCAUGUGCGAGCAUUUCGAGAGGGAGAGCUUACUCUCCCCACUCUCGGUCGUACCGGGGCAUUCGAGGGUUGUUUUCUCAUCAACAAUUUAUGUAUUGUGUUUAUAAUUCUCUUAGAUAGUUUCGCUUAAAAGAAAAUAAUGAAAUUAACCUUUAAUAUAUAUUAAACGUAUUAUGUUAUACUUAUUGAUUAGUUCAGGUAUGUGAAUAAAAACUUUAUCAACAUUACAUCUAACCUAACGUUACAUAAAAUCACGUUCACAAGAAUAUAAUGGUAAAAAUAUCAUUUAUGUUAUUUUUCUCAUUGAAAUUACUAAUUAACUUGUAACUUCCCUAUUCGCUAUAAACAAUAUUGGUUACGAUUGUAAUUAAUAACUUGAAGAGAUAUUAUGUAAUAAUUUUUUCCAUUUCUAUUUCAAAAACGGUCUAUCUGUCAUAGAAUUAUACUGACUUAUUCCACAUGAAUGUUUAGCUUUUUUAUAUACAUCAAAUCCAUGUAAAAACUCUUACUCAAAUAGUCAAGCUGUAGGUAAAAAUUCCGUGGUCGAAAGAGAUUUGACUAGAAAUAAUGUUCUUUCAUAGAAACCAGAAUAAACAUUAGUAACUGAUUCAUUAAGAGUCGUGAGUUGUUCAGUUUUUGAUUAAACAACUAAAGAGACAAGCAAGAGGGAAUGGUAUCUUCGAGGUAAGUGGUCAAUGAUGAAUUUAAAUUUUGUGCUGUGAACAUGAAACAAUACAUUGGUAUUAAACUCGGCAAUCGACAGUUAAUAUGAAGAAUGACUUACGCUCUAUGUUUGUGGGAUUGGGAGAGUUGAAUAGCAUAAGUGAAAUUUCUAGAAAUUUUUUGUUAUCUGAAAACAAGUGACCAUAAAAUGUGGAAACAUAAUUACACUCAAAAAAGUAAAUGGGCUUAUCACGUAGCUUCUUCUAAAAGUCACUGAUACAAUCUAGAUCUGAAUGUGGGUCUAGAAACUACUUAUAUCACUAAAUAAUAGUACGUAGUAUAAUAUAAUGCAUCAAAAAUUAAACGGAAGAUAAAUGAAAUAAUAAACUAGUUUGAGUCUACGUGUACUAAAAGUUGUGUUGUGAUUCCAAAAUCUUUUUCUCACCAUGAACUUCAACUUUUUCAGGUUACAGAUUGGUUUUGUGGAUUGGCACAUUGUCUUAAUUGGAAUCUACGUCGACGUCAAAAUGCAGUAAUCAAUUGUUGUCCUACAGACAAAUAAUUUGUAGAGAUGCUGUCUCGUUUCUACUUACUAAUUCCUUCUGUAUUUUGUCCUGCCUUUCCUCAGGUCUAUUUUAUUGUGAUUUAAAUUUCCUUAAGAUUUUGUUUACUCAAAAAACUACUUUUUGAACAUUAUUUUUCUUACUUAAUCGUAAAAGGUUUCCAUGAUAACUUAUUCAUGCUUCUAGAGUAUAUUUUCGCAAUUUUCAAUAACAAAUUGUGGUCCGUUCUGCUUUUUGUUUCUUACCAUUGUUUUAAUAAUUACUAAAAUAAUUAGAUGUAAGCGAUGUUUCACGACGUAUUGUGGUCAAAUUUGUUAGGUUUCGUCAGUGGAUCCUCCCAAGUCGAUUUCCUGUUACCAUAUAAUCAGUGAAAGACCGCAAGAAUGUAUUUCCCUUUGGAUGUUCUUACAUCAAAUGGCUACAUUGAUAAACUGAUACUACUAGAAAUACUUCGUUUUAGACGAAGUUCCUAGCUACGGUACCCACUAGAGCUUAUCAAAUACACCAACAGUCAAGCCACAAUCAAUAAUGCCUGAUGCGAAACGUAUACACUACAUAUUAGUUUAAAUUGACAGUUUGGUCAGAAAUAUCUAAUAAAAUUUUGAAAUAUUUGGUUUGUC